AUGGACUCUAAGAGCUGCUUCGCGAUCGAAAGAGAUAUUGUGAAUGUAUUCCCCUGGCGGCGACACGCCGAGACGAUACGUGGUGGAAUACCACUACCUAAUCUAGAAAUUGCUCCCGAUCUAAUCGAUACGAGUUACGUUCAAAUGAGCUCGAUUUACCGUCACACAAGCCAUAUCCACGAUCUCUUGUAUGGAUUCGUCGCAGGACCACCUAGUAACCGAAUAGGCGACCUGGUUUUAUUAUUGAAAUCUUAUCAAUCUGAUAGUGAUUUCCGUUGUCGGAUAGCUUGCCAUAUUGCAUUAGUCAGUCUAUACCGACCAAGUCUUGUGGCAAUUAUCCGGUCCAACCAGAGCGGAACAGAAGACGUAGCGCGACACACUGCCCCAUGGAUUUUGGAGCGUGCUACAGCUUGCCUCGAGCAGCUGAAGAAGACAAUUCUAUACUUGCAGGAGGUAUUGUCGUAUUAUAUUGCCCUGAACCCUUUUGGGAUAUAUUACACUGUUUUGUGCUGGUACUAUUCGUAG